UAAAAAUUAUAUUUUAUAAUAACAUAUUUAUUUUAAAAUUAUAUUAGUAAUAAUUUAUUGCUUAUUUAUACCUAUCAUAGGUAAAAGCUCUCCGUGCUAGUUUUUAUAACAUAAUUAAUGGUGUUUUAGUAUUUGCGGCAGGUCGGCAGUCUGUAGUGUUGAUAACACAUUUAUCUGCCGUACUACUACAGUGCCUGAUGCUUGCCUUCUUGGAGCCUUGUUGAACUUACUUCUAAMUUACAACUGUCCUUCACGUUUUGAGAAGUCACAAUUUUUCUGCAGUCUGCACGUAUUUUAAGAGUACGAUUUAUCACUUUUGGAGAAGCUAUGGAUUUCGAUAGCCCGGACGUCGAAAAAGAUUUCCCAGGYUUAUAUGCGUCCACAGAAAUCGGACACAAAGACUCWGACGGUAAACGCAAAGAAAAAAAAGACCGUGGUUAUGCAGCGCUUGAAGGUGAAAGUUCUCCGGAAGAAGAGCCUGAUGCAAAAAGUCCUUMAAAAAUAAAAAAGAUAAAACCAUUUAAAUUUCCUACAAAAAAAGAAAAGCAUGAGAAACUUAAAGAUAAAGAUUCUAAAGACAUGCCUAAGGAAAAGAAAAAAGAUGGAGAAAAGGACAAAAAGAAAGAUAAACCCAAAAGUAAAAUAAAAGAAAAAAAGAAACAAAAARGAUCUGAUGGAAAAGAUGCUGUUGACAUAGGUUCUUUAUACGAAGAUCAACCUGUUUUUGGAGUUCCAUUGGAAAUAUCAUUUGAUCGAAAUCCUUGCCAUGACGAUAUACACUUACCAUUAGUUCUGAGAAAUUGUAUCGACUAUGUACAAAUGCAUGGUUUGUGUACUGAUGGUGUAUAUAAAGUACCUGGAGUGAAGUCUAAAGUACAAAGUCUUAAAAUUCAGUACAAUAGACGGCAAUCUGUCAAUUUAACUGAUUAUGAUUUAGCAGUUGUCACGAGUCUAUUGAAACAAUAUUUAAGAGAACUUCCUGAUCCUAUAUUGACAUCAAAUUUACUAUCAAAAUUUGAAGAUGCUGCUGAAACACAAAAUAUUGAAUUAGCAAAGUUGUUAAUUUCAGAACUUCCACUAUGCAAUAAACAUACACUCACAUGGUUAAUAGUUCAUUUUACCAGUAUCAUAGAAAAUGAAAAAUAUACUAAAAUGAACACUACAAACUUUGGUUGUGUUCUCUGUCCUGUUCUUCAAAUGUCCCAAAAAUUAUUUUCAUUCCUUAUUACAAAAAAAAAUGACUUGUUUCCUUAUGCUGUUUUACACAAAUAUAUACCACCGUUAAGAUGUGCAAGUCCUUAUUUACCAUCUGGUAAAGAAGAAAUGACAGUUGAAUUAAAAAAACAAGAGUCACUCCUUGGAUAUAUACAUCGUGAAAUGAAUGCUGGUUUUGUGUGUAAGACUAAGGAAGAAGAGUUAUGGGAUGUACAAAGAAUCAUUACACAACUAAAAAGAAAACUUAAGGUAUUAGAAAAGGACAUUCACAAAGUUUCAAAAGAAAAAAUCAAAAUAGAAGACCAGAUAAAUGGAAAGUUUGAAGAAGUUGGAACUCAGACAGUACUAAACAGAAAAAACUCAAACAACAGUAUAUUAGGCAAAGCUGAAGUAGUGUCUAUAACAAGUGAUACUGUUAACAUAUCAAACUGUGAGAGUUCAUUAGUUGAUGAAGAGAUACAAACAACAACUUCAGAAAGCGAUAAUGAAGAAUUAGUCUUACAGUAUGAAUCUGAAGAAUUAAUGUCACUCAUUGCAAACUUAAAAGAUUCUAUAGUUCAAGAAAAAUGUGAAAUUGAUCGAUUGCAUACAAAGUUGGCAUCUGUUGGAAAAAUUGUCAAUGCUAGAGAAUAUUUUAUGUAUCCAAUUGACGAAACAAAAGUUGCUAACAAUGCAUUGUUAAAUGAAUAUAAAAUGCUACAAUUCCAGAAAAUGAACUUAUUUAAAAGUAUAGAAGAAGAACGAGAAGCCAUAAUUGACCUAAAAAUACAAAUAAAACUAGCAAAACGUAAACAUAUUCCAGCGAUGUAAAAUACAGUAUUUAAAUGUCAAAACAUAUUCUUAGUUACCCAAAUAUGAUGGAUUUAUUUUUUCACAAUGACUAAAACUUUUGACUGUUGUUUUGCAUAUUUAAAUUGUUUAAACAUAUUAAAAUUGUUUUCAUUGUUAAUUAUUUUUUUUUUUUAAU